CAAGUGGUAGUAAUUCAACGCCAUUACCAUCAGUCAACACAAACUCAAACGUGAAUUCAUCAUCAAGUCAAGCAGUACCAACCGGAACAAUCUCAACACCCGCAAUCGCGGGACUAUGUGCAGUCGGUGGUGCGAUAAUUCUGGCCGGCAGUUUCUUUGCGCUAUUACGCAGAAAGAAGCAUCAACACAAAACAGAAGCAAUAUUAGCUAAAUCUGCAACAGCAUUCGAAGUACAAAAUAGCAGUUAUGAGAAAAUGGAGGAAGAGCCAUUGGGCACCUACGAGGUAAUCUCAACUUUCACACCAACACUUCCUGACGAACUGACUAUUCAACCUGGUGAUAAAGUCACCGUUUUGGCCGAAUUUGACGAUGGAUGGGUGCAAGCUAUCAACGAUACGCGUGGCGGUGCUAGAGGGUUCUUCCCAAGACAUUGUGUCGAUAUGGAUAAUUCUGGUCCUGGGUUCAAAUCGGGAACUGGAAAACGUUCGAGUUCUAUAAAUGGCGG